GGGAGGAGACGGGUUGUGAUAUGGCGGCCCGUGGCGGCAAUAAGUUCUCUGUGCUGCUGCCCACCUACAACGAGCGUGAGAAUCUGCCGCUCGUUGUGUGGCUGCUGGUGCGCACCUUCCGGGAGAGUGGGACGGACUUCGAAGUUAUCAUCAUAGACGAUGGCAGCCCGGACGGGACGCAGCAGGUCGCCGAGCAGUUGGAGAAGAUCUACGGGUCGGAUAAAAUCCUUCUAAGACCCAGACCAAAAAAGUUGGGCCUUGGCACUGCCUAUAUUCAUGGAAUGAAGCACGCCACUGGGAAUUUUAUUGUUAUUAUGGAUGCUGACCUAUCUCACCAUCCAAAAUUUAUUCCAGAGUUCAUCAGAAAGCAGAAAGAAGGCAAUUUUGAUAUUGUAUCUGGAACAAGGUAUAAAGGAGAUGGAGGAGUAUACGGCUGGGAUUUGAAAAGAAAAUUAAUCAGUCGUGGUGCCAAUUUCAUAACUCAGGUUUUGCUGAGGCCAGGUGCAUCAGAUUUAACAGGGAGUUUCAGGUUAUACAGAAAAGAAGUCUUAGAGAAAUUGAUGGAAAAAUGUGUUUCUAAAGGAUACGUCUUCCAGAUGGAAAUGAUUGUUCGGGCCAGACAGCUAGGAUAUACGAUUGGAGAGGUUCCUAUUUCAUUUGUUGACCGUGUCUAUGGAGAAUCUAAACUGGGAGGCAAUGAAAUAGUCUCCUUCUUAAAGGGACUCUUGACAUUGUUUGCUACCACAUAAGACUUACUCCUAAAUUACUUUUUUAGAAAAACACUUUCUGCCGUUGCUGUGGUUUUUAGCAUAUGACAGCAGAAGCUUGAUAAUCUGCCUGGUGACCAGAAGACCUGCUAUAAACUAACAUAAUAAUUAACUAAAUGGACUGCAUUGCAACCUUUCAAAAUAAAUGAACUGUAUGUAAAACUAGUCAAAAUGAAGACAUAUACCCUAUGUUACUUUUGUAUAAAUAAAUAAUGAUGUCUUAAUAAAGAACACAAACAGAGCUAAGUGA